AACGCCACUACAAGCAAAAAAAACUUGUAAAGGAAUUCAGAGUAAAUACGCGACCGAAAACAAAUCUGCUAAAUUACUAAUAAUAGACGGUAAAGGAAAGAGAUGACUAGAAAAUGAAUGGAUUAAGGGAGAAGCUGGAGACUGUUGAGCAGAAGCGGAAACGCUUUAAACAGCAGCAGUUUACCUUCAUAGCUGCACUUGAGCACUCCAGAGAACAUGCUCACGACAGAACUGAACCUGUCUCUACAGUAGCACAGGUGAAGAGAUACAUGACCCAGCAUUGCAUCAAUGCGACAGACAGACGGAUCUUCGUACUGUUCCUCGACAUCAUGGCAGAUCUUCACACUGUGUUUCAACUUAUUGAAUCUUCAGCAUCUAACCUGAACUAUUCGAGUGAAGCUUUGGAUACAUGCAGGAAGCUUCUCAGCCCAGAAUGUAACAUCAGCCAGCUCAGGGCACAACACCCCCAUGAUGAGGUCAACCAUCUAAGCUGUAAUGAAGCACAAAACUACUACAGUGGAGUAGUAAGCAUAAUUCCAUUGCUUCUGGACCUGCUCAAAGAAGCCAGCUCAGCACUAACCAAAGAAAGAGCCAAAACCCCUGCUUUAACUGACACAAGUGGGUCUGACCAACAAACGCCAGCUGAUAAUGCGGGGAGAUCCAUUACACAAUCAGCAAAGACCCUAUCCAAAGGUACAGAUGGAUGGAAAGCUGCCUGGAAGCCACCGGGUCGCAAAAAGAUAUAAAAUACACCACUGAUUAAUAAAAUUGACAGCAUUGCAAAA